AUAAGGAACACGACCCCAAGGGGCCCCAAGGGCAUGCUGUUUCCUUCCUCAGGAAAAGAACAAGGCGUUGCUGGAAUGAUAAGUUUUCACCUCCCCGAAGACAGUAUCCUGCUGAAAGCUAUUACGCCCAGGCCCUCAGAUGAAGACGGACUAAGGCAUUCACUUUCCCUGCUUAAGGUCUGAACAGAUAGAAGAAAAGAAACACCCUUAAAAUGUCUGACAGAAGAAAAGUGCUUAUUGCCGCAGUUUUUUUCUACUUCAAAGUGAAUGCAGGGACCACAAAGCAGCUGGACAUGGCCCCAGGUGCUGUAGAUUACAACUACAAUGGAUGCCGUAAAGAGGCAACGGAGAAGUUCAUCCAUUCAGGCCUCUUAAAUGAGGAGCUGAAGGCCAAUAAGCAAUUCCAGGAAGCAUGGGGUAGACAUUGUUCCAAGCAGAUCCCUGGAGGAACAAAAGAACAUACUGCGGCACUGUGGGCAUACGCUGAUGGGUCUAAAGAUUUUACAGAUACGUUUGACAACGCAGUAGAAACACUGGGCGGGAACGUGAGCACCUACGAAGGCCGCUUCCAUUUCAAGUCCCUCCACUUCCUUCUCAUGGAUUCAAUGUUUCUGCUACAUUCACAAAAUACAGAAAAGUGCAAGACUCUGUAUGCUCUCAGGGAACAGGAGUAUACGGCUCUAAACGGAUCAAAUGUGAGAUUUGGAAAGUUUGUCAAAGUUUAUUCAAAUUACAAAGAUUUAAAGACAAUGUAUGAUUGGGACGGUUGGGUCCUGUUAAAAAUCUCUUCUUGCUUCUUUGUUAACCUUGGAGACAACAUUUGCAGUAAAGACCAAAGCGCGACCCUCAUAUCGCCAGAUGAAGUCUUCACCGUGAGAGCAGUAGACAAAAUUACAGAUACGUUAAAUGAUGAGGAAUACACUGAGAUUGAUCUGCAACACUUAAAACUGGGCAAUGCGGACAUCUGUUCCAGUCUCUCGGGAUCCCGAACUAAUGUCGCCUCCCAGUGGAUUGUGAUGACGCUUGUGGCAUUAUCUCUUUUCAUUUUUAGCUUUUGAGAAAAAAUGAAAAACAAUUAGCUGCUCAGAUUACAUUGUGAGUUAUGCAAAAUGCUAUGUUGUUCUGUUUUUCUCUGAUGCUGCCAAUUAAGUUGUGGAAACCCUUUUUUUGCCUUUGGAAAACACACAGUCAUAACACUGUUUUUAAACACAUUACCUUUAUAAUAUUAGCAGAUAUAUAUGCUGGUAUUUAUAUCCUUUUCUUGUUACUUUUCAUAUGUUGGUUGUUUGAGGCUAAUAAACACAAUGGAUAUUUG